CGAUUUUCAACUACUUGAGGAGCCAUAUGGUUCUUAAGAUGAGGAGAAAAUGCGACAAAGAUAAAUUAUCAAAAGGGAGAUUGGUGGAGAUCUCCUGGAAACCAACUGAACACUUCCAAGUAAUGGAAAAACACGAUACUUUUAAGGCUUUAUCUUUUUGUAACAGUUGUUUGAUACCUAUUCGUAGACCCUGUCAUGGCUUGGCAUUCAGGAAUACCAAGUUUCCAAGCAGAAACCAAAGUUGGUGGAAGGGAAGAAACGUCACCUUGGCCAUGGAAACUUCAGGUGAAGGGGAGCUUCGAGAAUCUCCAUAUGCGUUGUACAAGGGAGAAGUUGUGAACUCUCCGGACCCUAAGAAUGCCAUGGACUUUUUUCGCCUUCGAGAAGGUCAUUGGAGUUCUUGGAGAGUGACCCACCACCUUGCUUUUCGUCGAGACGAACAAGGCGUAUCCGAUAUCACUAUGAAAGUAUUGGAGAAGAGCGACCCAAGAAUUGUCGAAUUAUGUGAAGCUCACCAUCUGGAUCCUUCCCUUGCAGCGGGUGGAUGCUACGUAGAGUGGGCUGCUCAAUUGUCGUGGGACCAAGAAGGAGAAAAUCAUGAAGGAUCUACUGUCUUUGCUAUUGUUCCCGAUGACGCUCAUUGUUGUAGUGGUAAGUUAUUGAGAGACAGAGGAUAUGCAGAGAUUGUGCAGGUCGCUGGGACGUUUAGGUUGACUCCUAGUAAAGAACUAGUGUUGCAUACUCCAUAUGAUGGAGGCGAUGUAGAAGAAACUUUUUCUUUUAUUGGCAAAGACUUAGUAAUUCGUUCAAGUACGGUGAAAAGAUUUGGAGGAUUUUCAACUGCUACCUUUUCAACAGAGCGUCGAAAGGACGUGGCAAGUGUAAAAGAUGGGAUUGUAUUUACAGAAGAAAUGAUGCCUUUUGGAGGGCCCUCAAUGGCAUCCCAAAUGAAGGAACCCAAUGAAAGACCAAAGAAUCCGUAUCAAAAUAUGAAUCAGCGCACUUUCCAAUCAACGGGAGCCCUGGACUUCCUGAACGAGGGUGCGUGAAACAAGGAACAGAAGACCUCGGAAAAUGACACGUGGUCACGUCGCGUUGAAUUUCUCCGGACCGAGUGUAGAAUAUUCAUGAUGUUUGAAGAACAAAGUUAUCUUUUUGAUGAAAUUCUUUUUAAAAAAUAAAAAUGACAUCCAUAGCACAGGUUCCCUCUGCAAAGAGAACAAAGUUGCCAUUUGGUGAGUCGUGGGUCUUGGAAAUUGUUUGUUUCUGCGUACUUGCCACGGCCUCAAACUUACUUGGUUGACCAUUUCAGCUUUCCCUUACUAGAGCAGUUUUCAACUGACUGGUUAUCUUGCCGGUUAAAGUUGUGAG